AUGAUCGAGGUAGCCACGUAUCGAAAAAAGAGUUUAGAUUCAUGUGAAGAAUUUCGGCGUCGAAGCGGCUCGACGGCCAGCACGAAAAAAUGGGGAAAACGCGAGGCGCAACCACAAUUUGAAUUGAGGUGUUGCGUGAAUCCGGAAAUCUUGAAGAAAAACGUCGAAAAUCAUUGGUAUUUUGAGGAUGAAACGGUUCGUCUAAAUGGAUCGGUAUUCGCAAGACGCGAAAAUUUCAACAAUCUCCUUAGCAUCAUUCCACUACACAAAUUCAAUGGGAUUCACAUAAAAAUGGAAGACGAUUGCCCACAAGGUGGUGAUGAUGUCCGUUUGUGUCUACUGAAAACACUGGGAGCGCACAAUUUGCGAGAAGUGAAAUGCGUGGGAUGCACAAAGCCGAUAACG